AUGCCUCAUCGCCGUCCCGACGCCCUCGCCCGAGGACCUCGCCGGAGCUCCCUCGCCGGCCUGCCUCCACUCCGUCCGCGCCGUCCCCGUUUCCCCCACCUCGAGCAUGCUGCCCCGUCCCUACAGCCCCGCCGUGAGCGCCCUCCUCCUCUCCCCUCUUCCCCUGUCACCGCGCGCCCGAGGCCGUGCUCGGUCGCGGCCUCCCCGCGCUCGUCGCGCCUCCUCUGGAUGGCCAUCGCGCCCGAGCCGUUCCCCGUCGUCGCCUCGCCGUACACGGCCGCCCGCCGCGCCUGGCCGCGCACCGCGCCGCCGUUGCCUCCCACCGGCGUUGGCCUCUGGCUUCGCCCCGCACCCUCGCCCCCGUACGCGCCCGUGGCCGCGCGUGGCCGCCUCUGCCCGUCCCCUGCCGCGGCUCUGCUCCGGCCAAGCCGCCGCACGCCGUCGCUCGCCCCCGCCACCGCCUGCCGCGGCCGGCCGGCGAGCCUCGCCUCGCCGCGCCCCGACGGCCUUCGUCCGACGCACGCCCUCGCCAGUCCCGUUCGGGCGGACGCCCGACGCCCGGCGCCCGUUGCGCCCGAACCAGCUUGGCCUAUGGGCCAAUGA